AGAUGAGUCGGCCCAUGGAAGAGGAUGCCACACAGGUAAAAAAUGAGGAAGAGGAAUUUAACACAGGACCACUCUCUGUUUUGAUGAUGAGUGUUAAAAAUAAUACUCAGGUACUCAUUAAUUGCCGGAACAACAAGAAACUUCUUGGUCGUGUGAGAGCCUUUGACCGCCACUGCAACAUGGUUCUUGAAAAUGUCAGGGAGAUGUGGACUGAGGUACCAAAGACUGGGAAGGGAAAGAAGAAAGCACAGCCAGUGAACAAGGAUAGGUUCAUCAGCAAGAUGUUUCUUCGUGGAGACUCUGUUAUCAUUGUUCUGAGGAAUCCUAAAUGAGAGAUAAUGGUGCCUUGUCUAAACUUGUUUCGUAU